CCUGGAAUCAUGAGCGUAUUUGAUCAGAUCAACUCUGAUGCUCUCCUAAAAUUUUCCCAUAUAACUCCCUCGACACAGCAGCACCUGAAGGAGGUUGACCCCAGUUUUGCGCUGUGUAUGUUUGUGGCAGCUGCGGGAGCCCAUGACCAUGUGGUCACUUAUUUCAUUCAGGCUGGCCUGCUCUCUGCCUUGGGCUCGCUGGGUUUGAUGAUUUGGCUGAUGGCAACACCUCAUGGGCGUGAAACCGCCCUCGUGGGCACAGCGCUGACGGUCACCUGCCUCAGCCUCCGCGCCCUUUAUGCUGGACGCCGGAGCGACUGCUUUCCAGGAGGUAUCUUGAUGUCAGCCACGAGCCUGACGCUCUGCUCUUCUCUGGGGAAUCUUUUCUUUGGAUCCAUUUGGCUUUUCCAGGCAAACCUGUAUCUGGGGCUGAUGGUCAUGUGUGGCUUUGUCCUCUUUGAUACUCAACUCCUUAAAAUGGAGAUAAGGGUUAUAUCUCACACUGCUCAUCUCUUCUUAGGUUUUGUUACACUCUUCAGAAAACUCAUGAUGAUCCCAGCUAAGAAUGACAAGGACAAGAAGAAAUGA